CUGCUGUGCUGGGCGCUCCUGCCCAGCCCGGGCGGUGCGGCGCUCCCGUAGUCUGGGCUCGCCCCGGGCCGGGGGAGGGCCCCUGCGGGGGCGCAGCUGCCGCUGGCCCGGGCGGGUGUGGGUCCUGACAUGUGCUCCGUUCUCUCAGGCUCCGGCUGACCGCGGGGCGCAGGGAGAGCCGCGGCGGGGCUGGGCUGUGCCGGCGCUGCCCCCGGCGCUGUAGGGCCCAGCGUCUGCUGUCUCUGCGAAGCUACAAGCGGCAGAUGCUCGGAGGAGAUGCCUACGUAACACACAUUGCUAGCAAUUGUACUAAAUACUUUGCUGCUGAACCAGUUACUCAGGUACCCAGCCUGUCUCUGUUGCUAUGGGAGAUUGGAAGACUAUUACUGUGCCGGUGCUGUCACCAGAUAGCAAAAAUACACUUCCAUAUACCUCAGAAAGCAAGAGAUCUCCUACAAGCAUGAGCUCACAAGUGCUACGCUUGUCACUGCCUUCAUCCAAAAACAUGCACAGCUUUUUCGGUGCCUUCUGCACAGAAGAGAAUAUUGAACAGAGUAUAUCCUAUAUUGAUAGGGAAUUGACAACAUUGGGAUUUCCUUCUAUUUAUGCAGAGUCCAGAGGAAAAGAAUUAAAUUUAAUAUCUAUCAUAAAUUGCAUGAAUGGAUUGCUUGUACUGCAGCACAAGAACCUUCGAGCUCAGGAAGAAGUAGAAAUGCAGCAUCUGAAACUGGGAAGUGAUAUGGAUCACUUACAGAACUGCUAUGCUAAGUUAAAGGAAAACCGUGAAUUAUCUAAAAGGGAAGUAGUUGGGCUUCAGGAAAGAGACAGACAACUGCAAAGCAAGAACAGAAAUUUGCACCAGUUACUUAAAAAUGAAAAGGAUGAAGUCCAGAAGUUGCAGAACAUAAUUUCAAGUAGAGCUACACAAUACAAUCAUGAUAUGAAGAGGAAAGAGAGAGAAUAUAACAAAUUAAAGGAACGCUUACAUCAGUUAGUCAUGAAUAAAAAAGACAAAAAGUUAGCUAUGGAAGUUCUAAAUUAUGUUGGUAGAGCUGAUGGGAAGAGAGGUGCAUGGAGGACUGAUAAGACAGAAGCCAGAAACGAAGAAGAAAUGUACAAAGUUCUGUUAAGUGAUUAUGAACAACGCCAAAAACAGCUUUUACUGGAAAAUGCUGAGCUAAAGAAAGUUCUUCAGCAAAUGAAGAAAGAUAUUAUUUCACUUCUUCCACCACAGAAACAAAAACCUAAAGAAAGAUCUGAAGAUGGGCUGGUGCUGUCAGACCAGGAGGAAGAUAUUGGAGAAUUAAAUAAAGAGAAUAUGUGGGAAUUAUCUUGUGAAACUGUGCGAGAACAGCUUACCAACAGCAUUAGAAAACAGUGGCGAAUAUUGAAAAAUCACGUUGAAAAGCUGGAUAACCAAGUGUCACGUGGACAUUCAGGAGUUUUGAAUGAAAAAGAUGUCAUUUCAAGAGAAGACCAUGAGCUAGAAACUGGAAAGCUAGAGUUAGAGAUUCAACAAUGUAAAGAAAUGAUCAAAACUCAGCAACAGCUUUUACAGCAACAGCUUACAUGUGAUGAUGAUGACACCACUCUGUUACUACAAGACUGCUAUUUGUUGGAAGAAAGAGAGCGUCUUCAGGAAGAAUGGAGACUAUUUCGAGAACAAAAAAAGAAUUUUGAGAAGGAACGAAAAAGUUUUACAGAAGCUGCUAUUAGAUUAGGACUUGAGAGAAAGGCAUUUGAAGAAGAUAGAGGAGCAUGGCUGAAGCACCAGUUCUUAACUAUGACUGCUGAUUGCAAGUCUGAAAAUGUGACAACUCCAAGUGCCUUCUUAAGAAGUUCUGACCCAGACAUUUGUUUAGUGAAGUCUGCAUCUCGGCAAAAAAAACCUCCCUCUGUGUUAAGUCCUACUGUUUCACCAGAACCGUGCCAGAUAUCUCAGUAUAUUACACAAAACAGUGUUGCAUCAGAAAAACCUGCUGCACAUAACAUGCCAAAUCUGUGUAUGGAAAGUGAUGACAAAGAAGAAACUGAAGAAUGCACAAAGUCAUGGGAAGACUCUGGAGUUGGCACUCUGCUAUGCAGAAACUUGCUCAUGGAACAGCUGCCUUAGACUUCUAGGGUUGCCUGCUGGGAUUUUUGUUAGAGACUUGUUCAUAAACUUAUCAUUCUAAAUGAAACAGAA